AACAUACAUAGUGUGGACUAGACUAUAAGAUAGGCAGCUACAAAGCGUGUGCGACUCUUCUCCAUUCUCCAUUCUCCAUUCUCCAACCCAAUCCAAUGGAUUCUGCAUUCUCCGUCACCACCACCGCGCACAUGGCGUUUUUCAGAGCGCUCCACCGUCAUUUCGCCGUAGCUCCUCAACGCGCCUUCCUCCGCCGCAAACUCAAAUGCGUCGUUGCUUCCUACAGCAACUGCUCCCGCACUCCGUGUUCCUUCGCUUCCGCGCCAUCGCCUUCCUCGCUCCGCUCAUACGGUGGACUGCUCCUUCGAACGCGGUGUUCUUUGCGCUGCAUUUCGAGCUCCGCCGCUUCUUUUGCUGGCGGUGGGAGUGGCGGCGGCGGAAUCGGCGACGGUGGCGGAGGUGGAGGUUCUGGCGGUGAGUCUGGAGAUGGUAAUAUCAAAUUGGUUGGAGACACGGCUCAGGAGCUUUCCUCACUCUCGCCUGAUGUUAUCAUUCUCGAUGUUUCCGGAAUGGUGUGCGGGGGAUGUGCGGCAACUGUGAAAAGGAUACUGGAAAGUCGACCACAGGUGUCAUCUGUUAGUGUAAAUUUAACUACAGAGACAGCAAUAGUUUGGCCUGUAUCUGAAGCAAAAAAUGCACCAAAUUGGCAAAAGCAAUUAGGAGAGGCACUUGCAGAGCAUUUAACUAGCUGUGGUUAUAAUUCUAGCCUUCGAGAUUCAGCAAGAGACAGUUUCCUCCAAAUUUUUGAAAGGAAGAUGGAGGAAAGACAUAGACAGUUAAGACAAUGUGGUCGUGAACUAGCUGUUUCUUGGGCUCUAUGUGCUGUCUGUCUUGUUGGCCAUUUCUCUCAUUUCUUUGCACCAAAGGCACCAUGGAUCCAUGCAUUUCACUCCAUUGGGUUUCACCUAUCCUUGUCUUUGUUUACGUUGCUUGGUCCUGGCCGCCAACUUAUCCUUGAUGGCUUAAAAAGCCUUCUUAAAAGGACGCCUAACAUGAACACUUUAGUUGGUCUUGGGGCUUUAUCAUCUUUUACUGUCAGUUCACUUGCCACCCUGCUGCCAAAAUUGGGUUGGAAGGCUUUCUUUGAGGAACCAAUUAUGCUAAUUGCAUUUGUGUUGUUAGGAAGAAAUCUUGAACAGAGAGCUAAAAUUAAAGCAACCAGUGAUAUGACAGGACUUCUUAGUUUAUUGCCACCAAAGGCUCGCCUUUUAGUGAACAAUGGGGAAACAGAGGUUGGCUUGGUUGUUGAAGUUCCUUCUGACAGUAUUUCUGUUGGAGACCAAAUUAUUGUAUUACCUGGAGACCGUGUUCCAGCUGAUGGAGUUGUGAGAGCUGGUAGAAGCACUAUAGAUGAAUCAAGUUUCACUGGUGAACCACUGCCUGUAACAAAAGUAACUGGGAGUGAGGUUGCAGCUGGAAGUAUAAAUCUUAAUGGAACUCUUACAGUGGAAGUGCGGAGACCAGGUGGCGAGACUGUUAUGGGAGACAUUGUUCGUCUAGUUGAAGAGGCACAAAGUAGGGAAGCUCCUGUACAGCGGUUGGCUGACAAGGUGGCUGGACACUUCACUUACGGAGUGAUGGCAGCCUCUGCUGCUACAUUCACAUUCUGGAGUCUGUAUGGCAAACACAUUUUACCUUCUGCUCUAUAUCAAGGAAGCCCGGUGUCAUUGGCUUUGCAGCUCGCCUGCAGUGUUCUGGUUGUCGCUUGUCCAUGUGCACUUGGGUUAGCCACGCCCACUGCAGUGCUGGUUGGAACUUCUUUGGGGGCUAAACAAGGAUUACUUUUGCGAGGUGGAAACAUUCUAGAGAAGUUUGCCAUGGUAAACACUGUUGUGUUUGACAAAACAGGGACCCUCACAGUUGGUAGACCUGUUGUAACAAACAUUGUCACUCCUACAUGCAUAAAAAAAGCAAUUUCAAGCCAAACUGAAGAAAAUGUUUUGUCUGAUGUUGAAGUUCUAAGGUUAGCGGCUGGGGUAGAAUCAAAUUCAGUACAUCCAGUUGGGAAAGCAAUUGUGGAUGCUGCUCAGGCAUUUAAUUGUCAUAAUGCUAAGGUAACAGAUGGAACAUUCCUGGAAGAGCCUGGAUCUGGUGCUGUGGCAACCAUUGAUAACAAAAAGGUUUCUGUCGGAACAUUGGAAUGGAUUACGAGGAAUGGAGUUAUUAACAGUAUACAUCAAGAAGUGGAGAAGUAUAAUAACCAAUCCUUUGUCUACGUUGGGGUUGAUGAUUCUUUAGCUGGCCUAAUUUAUUUUGAAGAUGAGAUAAGGGAAGAUGCAAGAGAUGUUGUUGACACACUGUCUAAGCAAAAUAUAGGUGUAUACAUGCUAUCCGGAGACAAGAAGAAUGUGGCUGAGCAUGUUGCUUCUCUUGUCGGAAUUCCCAAAGAGAAGGUGCUAUCUGGAGUGAAACCAGAUGAGAAAAAGAAGUUCAUAAAUGAACUUCAGAAAGAUAAGAACAUUGUAGCUAUGGUUGGUGAUGGAAUUAAUGAUGCAGCAGCACUGGCUUCUUCUCAUAUUGGUAUUGCAUUAGGUGGAGGUGUUGGGGCUGCUAGUGAGGUGUCUUCUAUCGUAUUAAUGCGCAACCAGCUCUCACAGCUAGUUGAUGCCUUGGAGCUUAGCAGACUGACCAUGAAUACUGUAAAACAAAAUCUUUGGUGGGCUUUCAUUUACAACAUUGUAGGAAUUCCAAUUGCAGCUGGAGUGUUAUUUCCCAUAAAUGGGACGGUGCUGACUCCAUCAAUUGCAGGGGCUCUCAUGGGGCUGAGUUCCGUUGGCGUAAUGACUAACUCGUUACUUUUGAGAUUCAAAUUUUCCUCAAAGCAGAAACAAAUACAUAGCAAAUUGCCAAAGAUCAAAAUCCAUGGGGGUUCUGAUCUGGCGCAACAAAACCAGAAAACAAACCACCCUUAUUAGAUGUCAGAUGUACACAGUAACACAACGAAAAGGAGGUUCCCCUUUUGAUGUAGAGCACGACAGAAGUAUACACUUCUAACCUUAGAUCUUGUGGUGAUCACCCAAGGAUGAAAAGAAAUCAGUAGAGACGAGAAUUCGGAUGUAUAAAGUGAAAUAAUCACACCAUCAAUGAGACGGGACACUAAUCAAGCAGUUGAGGUGACGUGAAAGAAUAAUUAGAUAAAUCAUGUUGCUGGGGGAAACUUCUAUUGAUUAGCAAAGGUCUCUCUUUGGGGGAGCUCCCUAGCUGUCUUCUUUCUUUAAUAUUAAGCUUUUAUCUAUAGCA